AUGGAAUUUGGAAGACAAUUAAAAACUUUAUUAAAAAAGAAUCUUUUAUUAAAAGGGAAAUCAAAAUGUUCAAUUUGUUGUGAAAUUGUUUUUCCGAUUGUAAUUAUUGGUGUAUUAUUUGCAAUUUUAGCUUUAAUUAAAGUUACAAAUUCUGAUUAUAACUCAAUUGAUGUAACAACAUUUUCAAGAAGAGUUGGACCUGAAAAUAAAUUAUUAUAUGGUAGUGAAGGAUCAUUAAAUAAUGAUCAAAGUGGUGUAAUUGAAACAAUGAAAGAACAAGUUGCAACUGCUAGAGGUUUAACAGUAGCAGAGGUUCAAGAUUUUUUCAUGGAAAUUAAUGAUCGUACUUUAAUGGAAUCAUUUUUCAAAAAUUAUUCAAUGAUGGUUUAUGGUGGUGUUUGGUUUAAUAGUAGCACUAAUGGUGGUGGUGGUGGUAAUAAUAAUGACCCAAUAGCAGCAGGUGGCCAAUUCGGGUAUAAUAUUAGAUUAGAUAGUGACGAUACAGCAGACACAUCAGAAACUGGUAAAGUUGAUGGAGGUGAUAGUAGUAUCUAUUUAAAUGAUAAUUUCGCAUCGAUUCAAGUUGCAAUGGAUCAAGCUAUUUUUGGAUACUUUGGAUUGGAUAUGGUAUUAAAUAUAUCAGGUAGACAUUACCCAGAUCCAUAUACAGAGCUAUGGCAAGAAUGGAUAACAGGAAGAGACGCAAUUAUUAAGUCAGCAGGAAGUGUGUUCAUUACAGCGGCAUUGAUGAUGUUUAGUUUUAGGCUAGUUACAGAUGUUGUAAUUGAAAAAGAAACUAAAAUUGUAGAAGCAAUGAGAAUGAUGUCAUUGAAUUCAUUGGCGUAUUUCAGUUCAUGGAUUAUCACAAGUUUAAUAACAUCAUUGCCAGUCACACUAUUAAUUGUUGUCAUAUUUAAAGGUAGUCAAUUAAUUUAUUCUACAAGUUGGGGUAUUGUAAUCAUAACAUUUGUAUUAUACUUGAUAACAUUAUUAUUAUUAUCAUUUAUUUUUAGUAUAUUUUUUAAUAAUUCCAAAUUUUGUGGUUUAUUAUCAUUUGUAAUUGUAAUUGCAAUUAAUAUUUGUGGUAUUUUCGUUUCAAAAAAUGAAUUUAGUGUUUCUGUAAAAUUAUUACUUUCAAUAUUUUCACCAAUUGCAUUUUCAAAUUCAAUUUAUAUUAUGUCUGUUAAAGAUUUAACAAUGAUUUUAAAUUUAAAUUGGGAUUAUAUUGUAACUGAAAAUCAAAGUAUUUUAAUGUUAGGAAUUGAUAUUAUAAUUUAUAUUAUAUUAAUUUGGUAUUUUGAAAAAGUUAUACCAGGUGAAUAUGGUACAAAAGAGAAAUUUUAUUUUUUAUUUACAAAAAAUUAUUGGUUUGGAAAGAAAAGAAGUAUUGGUGAAAUUGAUGAUAUUGAAUCAACAUUUGAUAGUGAAGAUGUUGAGACUAUACCAUUGAAAGUAUUGAAAAAUUCAACUAUAUCAAUUCGUAAUUUAAGAAAAGAAUUUGAAACUGGUGAUGGAUUGAGAGUUGCAGUUAAUGAUUUAUAUUUGGAUAUGUUUGAAGAUCAAAUUCAUGCAUUGUUAGGACCCAAUGGGUGUGGUAAAUCAACAACGAUUGGUAUGUUGACAGGUUUAAUAUCACCAACUAGUGGAAGUGCAUUUAUUCGUGGUUACGAUAUUACAAGCCAAAUGUCAAAGAUUAGACCAUACAUUGGUUGCUGCUUACAAACUGAUAUCAUUUGGUCACAAUUGACAGUAUUGGAACAUUUGGUUAUUUACGCAUCAUUAAAAGGCGUUGAGGGUAGAAAUAUUCAAAGAGAGGCUGAAAGAAUGGCAACAGAGGUUGGAUUAGCCGAGAAAAUGAAUGCACCAGCUGGUAGUCUUUCAGGUGGACAAAAACGUAAACUUUGUUUAGGUAUUGCAUUUAUUGGUAGAUCUAAAAUCAUUUUCUUGGAUGAAGUCACCUCUGGUAUGGAUCCAGUUAGUAGAAGACAAGUUUGGGAUUUUCUAUUAAAAUAUAAAAAAGGUAAAACCAUCAUUCUUACAACUCAUUAUUUAGAGGAGGCAGAUUAUUUAGGUGAUCGUAUUGCAAUUAUUUCACAAGGUAAAUUACGUUGUGAUGGUACUUCAUUAUUUUUAAAGAAUAGAUUUGGUCAAGGUUAUCUUUUAACAUGUAAUAAAAAAUUAGAAAAUGCUAGCAAUGGUUUCAAUACGAAUCAAGUUUCAGAGUUUAUUAAAAAUUUUAUACCUGGUGCAUCAAUUUUAACAGAUUCUGGUGCAGAACUAAGUUAUCGUUUACCAACUGAAUCAUUAUCAAAUUUCCCACAAUUUUUUACAGAAUUUGAUUUAAAUUUAUCAAAAUUUUCAAUUCAAACUUAUGGUAUAUCAGUAACAAGUCUUGAAGAAGUUUUCAUUUCAUUAGGUCAAGAAGAUUCUAAAAAAUUAAAUAAUAAUGCUAAUGGUAAUAAUGAAUUCAAUAAACAAAAUGAAAUGGAAUCAUUAAAAUUAGCAAUUGCAACACCAUCAGAUGGUAUUAAUCAAAUUCAACAAUUUAAAGGUUUAUUAAUUAAACGUAUUCAACAAUCUAAAAAAGAUGCAAGAUCAUUCUUUUUAUCAAUUAUUUUACCAAUGGCAUUAAUUAUUGGUUCAAUUAUUUUAUAUAAAUCAAUGAAUGAUCAAAAACAAGUUUUAUUUUAUAAUAAUUCAACUCAACCAUUAACAAUGUCAUUAUCAAUUUAUACUGAUAGUGAUAACACUAUUAAUGUACCAAUGCAAUUAUUAAACAAUGAAUUAGAAUGGUCAAAUUUAUUUAAUAAUUCACCAUAUUUUAAUAAAUUUAAAUAUAUUAAUGAAUCUAUAAAUUUUAAUGAUUAUUUAAUUGAUAAUUAUAAAUUAUCAAUUGGUGCAAUUAAUUUUACAAAUCAACCAAUUAGCAUUGAUGAUAAUAAUAAUGGUCAAUCAACAAAUUGUUCAUAUAUUGCAUAUUAUAAUUCAGAUUAUAUUCAUUCAUUUCCGAUUCAUGUUAAUUUAAUUAAUGAUGCAUUAUUAAGAAAAUUUAAAAAUAUUAGUAUUUCAGUUACAAGUAUGCCAUUUGAUCAUAUUUUAACAGCAUUUGAAAUUUCAAGUUCAGAUAUAAAUGCAUCAGCAAUUAUUUAUUUUGUAUUUAUUUUAAUGGCAGGUUUUUCAUUGAUGGCAGGUUCAUUUGCUGGUAGUAUAGCUCAAGAACGUACAAAUAGAGUUAAAAGAUUAUUAUAUGUUUCAGGUUGUAAAAAACAUAUUUAUUGGUUAUCAAAUUUAGUUUGGGAUUUUUUCUUUGCAUUUAUAAUUUCAAUUUUAAGUUGUUCAAUUUUAGCAGGAGUGAUUAAAGGUGCAUUUAAAGAACAAUUUGGUUCAUUUUUAUUAUGUUUAAUUUUAUUAAGUUGUGCAAUUAUACCAUUGGGUUAUUUAAUGUCUUAUAAAUUUCAAACCUAUGGUAAAGCAGUUGGUGCAAUCACUGCAAUUUUAUUUGUUUUUGGUUUAGUAUUUACAAUUGCAAGUUUAAAUGUACGUAUUCAAGCUGUGGUCAAUCAAAAUAGUACAACUCAAAAAGUUGCCGAUAUUAUUGAUUUGAUAUUUUCAAUUAUUAGUCCGAUUUUUGCAUUGAAUAGAAUUGUUUUCAUUUUAUCUGGUUUCCCAGGUUCAACUCGUUUGGGUACUUUUAAAGUUGAUAACUAUUGGUCAUUUGAUUAUUUAGGUACACCAUUGAUUGUUUUGGCAGGUCAUGCAGUACUUUGGAAUGUUUGGAUAUUACUAUUGGAUUAUGUACCACAAAUUAAAGGUUUCUUUAAGAAUCCAAAGAAUUUACCUGCACCAUCACCACCACAAGAUGAAGAUUAUGAUGUAUCACAAGAGAGAAGAAGAUUACUAAAUAUGAGACCAUCGGAAGAACCAAUUCAAUUUAAAAAUCUUCAUAAGCUAUUCCCAGGUUCAGGUAAAAAUCCAUCAAAAACUGCUGUAUACAAUUCAACAUUGGGUAUUCCACGUGGUCAAACAUUUGGUUUAUUGGGUUUAAAUGGUGGUGGUAAAUCAACUACACUAUCAAUGUUAUCUGGUGAGAUUGUACCUUCAAGUGGUGAAAUUUCAAUCAAUGGUUAUGAUGUUAUUACCAAUAGAGAGAAAGCACUUGGUAAUAUUUCAAUGGUAUUCCAAUUUGAUGCUCUCAUUUCAUUAUUAUCAGCUCGUGAACAUCUAUGGUUAUUCUCUAGAAUCAAAGGUAUUAAAGAGAGUCAAAUUGAAAAUUGUGUUGAAGCUUUCAUUAAAAUGGUUGAUUUAACUCGUAUUGCAAAUAGUGGUUGUGGUGGUUAUUCAGGUGGUAAUAAAAGAAAAGUUUCAUUAUCAAUGGCAAUGCUCGGUAAUCCAUCAGUUUGUUUCUUGGAUGAAAUUUCUUGUGGUUGUGAUGCUGUUGUUAGAAGACAACUUUGGGAUGUAAUUAGUGAAUUAGGUAAAGAUAAAUCAAUAAUUUUAACAAGUCAUUCAAUGAGUGAAGUUGAAGCAUUAUGUAGUCGUAUUACAAUUAUGAAAGAAGGUAAAUAUACAUGUUUAAAUACAAUUCAAGGUGUAAAGAAUCGUUUUGGUGCUGGUUAUUCAAUUGAUGUUAAAUUUAAAAAAGAAUAUUUGGAAACUGGUAUUCAAACAAUAUUACAAUCAAUACCAAAUUGUACAGUUUUGGAUCAACAUGAUGUUAUGGCAAGUUUCGAAGUACCAAAUCCACCUGGAAAUCCAAUUAAAUUAUCAAAUAUCUUUUCAAUUUUAUCAAAUUUACCAAUUUUAGAUGAUUAUAACGUUGGUCAAACAUCUUUAGAAUCAGUUUUCUUAAAAUUAACUGGUGCAAAUCAUGAUCAACGUAUUAAUUUAUAUGAUUAA